GCCUGUAGGGCCUUGGCGGCCGGUGAUGCGACGGCGUAGGGCGGGCCCGGGCCCCGGACGAUGCGGCUUCUCCCGCACCGCGCGGGGCACCCGUGGGUGCCCGAGGCCAGGCAGGCCCGACCCUGAGUGGGAAGGACCCGUCUCAGCCAUAGGCCCGCGGAUCUGGCCAGCCUGGCCGCCUACAGCUGCGGCAGCCCUCGGUGCAAAGGAGGAGAACGCCAAGGCCCUGCAGUGCCAGCCCAGCGCUCCCAAGCUGUGGCUGCUGCUGUCCCCUGACCACGAACCACUAGAGCCUGACGAGGACAGAGCCUGUCAGGGUGCUUCUGCUGGUAUUUUGGAGUUCUUACAGACACCCAACACCACUCAUUCUGUCUGUAUUCAUGUUCCCACACCUCCUGGGCUGGGCUCACUCACCUUCCCACAUCUACUCUGCCUAUGGGUGCCCCACAGCCGAGAGGACUGUUACUCUCUCAUCACUGAUCUCUAUAACCCCUGCAACACUGCUCUGACAGGGUGUGGCAGCUGCCCCAUCCCAAGGAGCGGGAUGGGAGUUGGGGGAUCACACACAGGCUCUGGUAGCUCACCCUCAGGAGUCUGGAGGAAAGACCGAGGUUCAGAUCACACAGCAACGUCAAAACAAAGCGGGGAGCAUCACCAGGGAGCGGAGGGGAGGAGGAGGAAGCAGAGGAGUGCUCUGCCAGCGAUGAGAACGAGAGAGCACAGGCAGCGCGGGUGCUGCUGCCACCAAGCCUUUGCCCAGCGGACAUUCCAGCCUCGCGGCUGAACCGUGUGGGGUCAGACCCGCGGCGAACCCGGGCACCCCGAACAGCCCUUAGGGCCCCGUGGGGCCGCUCCUGCUCCCAGCCGAGGUGCGGGGCGGGGGCGCGGCCGGGCCCGGGGCCGCGCUCGGCAGAGCAGCGGCAGCGCAGAGGGGCGGGCGCUGGAUCCUCUGCGCGCGGGGUCAGGCAUCACCCACUGCUCUCUGGUUGCUGAUGGGGACCGGGGACCGAGCUGCAGAGCAGGUGUCAAAUGUUUCAGCCUCCCCCAAAAUAAGUUUUACAAGCUCUUCAAUUGUCUGUCACAGGAAGAUGCCACAAAAAGAUCUGAGUUCUCUGAGAAGUAGGGGAAAGGCACUGAGAUCAAACAUGCUGACAAAUACAGCCUGUGACAGCAAUUGCUGGAUUAGUUUUUUUAAACCUUGUGUUUCACAUCUGGUUUGUCAUGCUGUUGUAGGUGGGCUCAGUGUGCAGUAAACUAGGAAAACAAACCUACAUUUUCCAUGAUCCUUUCAUCCCCUAGGAUCCCAAAGCACAUCAUUUAAUUGCACUCAACCUGCACACAGAUUUCAUAAAUAAAGAAAUGAUGAAUUAGCAUAGCUGCUGCAGCAUUCACAUGAGUUACUAAGACACAAUC